CGUCUGCUAUGCUGCUGUACACAUAGUGAGCGCGGUACGGAAAUCGUGUGUGAGUGUGUGGAUCUUUGCGUCGCUCGCGAUCCUCAUUCAAACGGACGCCCGCAAAUCAAGCACGCAGCAAAACAAGAAGUUCCACGAAGAAGUUGGUUCUACAUAUAUAAAAAGCCGGGACUUGGCUUGUCCUCCCAGUUAUUGUUUUUUCAACCGGCAACUAGCGAAGUCGUAUCAAAGGUGUGCCUCUUUCCGGGAUCGAUAUUCGUCGUGUUAGUAGAUAAUCGCGUGACGACACACGCCAACGGUGUGUUUAUUUUUCUCGGUAGACCUUGAAACGGGAAAGAAUAAGGUCAACUAGGGAGGGAGCAGUAAAUUAAAGUACAAAAUCGGUGUCGGAGUCGGAAAUUUGGUAGGAACUUAAUCAAUCACGCAGUGUCUGUUGCAUAGGAAUUUGGUAAACGGGAGAGUGAUUAGCAUCGAAAGUGAACAUCGUGCCCCGAAUCGGGAGGAAGAGUCGCAGAAUGAUCUGGAAUUUAUUGGUUCUGGCGAUCAUCGCACCCCAGCUACUGUUGGCUGGCCGGAUUCAACUGGUUAACUUGACGCCGGAGGAGGCCCAAAAAUACAUCACACAGCAGAGCCUGGACUUGCGCUAUGCAAAGAAGCUGGGCGAUCAUCCGCUGGGGUACUUCCGAAACAUUCAAGAUCCAGCGGCGGGCAAAUUUUAUCAAAACGGACGGUUGAUUGAACACCCGGAGGAUUAUGUGGAGGAAGCGUACGAAGCUUCGCAGUUUCAUGGGCAGGAUGGCUUAGGCCGCGCCAUGUUCGGUUACACCGAUUACAAUCAAGCUCGGCUGGAAGCUCGGAACACAAACGGUGAAGUUCGUGGGUCCUAUCAGUACAUGGACCCGUUCGGUCAGGAGAUAGUGGUCCAAUACUGGUCUGACGGUUUAGGUUUCCAUCAGAUCGACAAUCGGCCGGAAGUUGUUCUGGAACCUGUAACGGAAACCCCGGAGGUGCGUGAAGCACGGAUCGCUCAUUUGAAGGCUUGGGAGGAAGCUGCCAAUUUGGUUCGUUUUGGAAAACCCGUCAACAAUAUAAAUCGACCUGUUCAAAACGGUGUCGAAGAGGAGGAUGAAGAAAUUGUGGGUGCUCUUUCGAAUCAACACCAGAGCCUUGUCCGGUAUCCGAGUCUUCCGUAUCAGGAUCACAUUUCACCGGAGACAUCUCCAGCUGCUUCCAAUGAUGCCGUGGUUGUCGAAGCGGCACGCAAUCUUAAGAAACGUCAAAACGAAGAAAGUAGUGCCGGAUCAACGGAUCAGGAGGAAGAGCCUCACUACGAUCCGAAGGGUUUCUUCUACAGUUUUGAGUAUCCAGUUUUCAACAUCGUGCAAACUGAAGCUGCUAAGGCUCGCUCGCUGAGUCAGAAAGUCAAGCGAUCAAAUCCCGAGUCCGAAGUCAACGUUAAAGAUGAAACCAUUGUCGAAGCUGCUCCCGUUGAAGAACCGAAAGUUGCCGUCAAGACUACUCUGGAGACAGUGAGUCCAGUGGAGAAACCAGCGUUGGAAGAUACACGAAUUUCGUUCAAGGCGGUGCAGACCGGGGAACAGUUAGUUGCAGCGGUGCACGACGUCCAGGUCUCUCCCAAACAGAAGGUUGACGGGGAACAAUAGUUGAACUUUCAGCCGAUUCAUGUGAGAUGAAUGUUGGCUUGAAAUUUGUAUGAAAUAUGCAAGAGAUCUCCUUCUAAAACGGCUCGACGACUUUAUAUCAACAAAAACAAAAAAAAAUACAGACAAAAAAAAACAAGCAAAAUGUGAACAACAAUGUACAAGCAAGCUAAAAAGAAUGUGUGCAGAAAAAAAUUGAGACAGACAAUAAAGCAAAACCUG